AUGCUCCCUUUAAAUCCUUUUAUCCGUGCCUUCUUUCGAAGCACUAUACCUGGACAGUGCGUCCCGGUAGAUAACCAUGUUCUUCUAGUGCCUACCACCGAGUCCCUAUUGGGAUCGAGGGACCGAGAAUCUGGCGCAUUAUACUCCGACAUUGUUUCCUCCGAAGAGUUCCUUGGAAGUCAUGUCCUGCGAAUUCCCAGCUCGAUCGGCUCCCUCAAUUCCACCAAUGUUCGCGACACCCGGACCAAAGCAAAACAAGUGUCAACCGCGAAUGGCCGUACUGUGAUAGUCAAGGAUAAUUCAGUAUUUAGUAAUAAGGGCUUCAAGUCGCUCAAUCAGGCUCAUUUGCUUACUGAUGUCCUCUACUAUACUCCGAACAAUGAUAGCCACCCAUGGCUUAUAUAUUAUAUCUCAAAGCCACUGAUCGGCUCCUUCGAUGCAGGAAAAGUGGCUCCUGCAGUGCCUCCAGAUACAGCUCUUGUAGCCAGUACUACGCCAGUCGAACCCGGUCCCGAGGAUGCGUCGAACCCUCGCAAGCGCGAUAUAAAAACAUUUGAGGAACUAUUAUCCCAUUUCCCAAUGAUCUCACGGCAGAUGCAACCGGGACUCGAACGAUUGUUUCGCGAAUUUGGUAAAGAGCUUGGAAAACCAUUACCUCCACCCCCCUCACAUUCGUCAUCGUCAUCCCCUGCUAAGGAGGACCUUCCGCUGUUUCAUGAUGACUCGUUACCUCCAGACCGACUUCCUUUCCAUUCUGAGGAAUUUUUUGAAGAUGAUGAAGAUCUUAUGCGCCGCAGCUUAGAGACUGCGGUCACAGCAGGUAUUGACCUCUUCCGCCUCGUGGACAAACAACAGCUUUCUCUUCUUGGUGCCACCACUGAUUUGACUGGACCUCUGGUGGAGCGACUUAUUGAGCGCUAUAUUGUCCAGCAAGUUCAUGAAAAACUAUUAUUUCCCAGACUUUGCAGCUUUCGUCGGUCUGAGGAUACCGAGCUUGAUACGAGGAUUCGACAAAUGGAAAAUAUCGACGUUUCACAAGUUGGCAUAACUAUUGAAGGAGGAUUUCGCGGCAAGCAUGAAUUAAUAAAUCGCCUUAGUAGGGGCGUAGAAGAGUUUCGGAGAAUGAACAGUGCAACUUGUCCACAAGACAUGUUAGAUGUUCUAUUGGCUACUAUCAAAACAGUCACGGGUUCUGGGGCGACAGAACAAGGGGCUGAAGCAUCUGAGAAAACCUGGAUGCCUGCUUUGACAGUCAAUGCGGAUAUUCUUGUUUCACUGCUGCUAGUUGUGGUCAUCAGAUCUCAGGUGCAUCGCCUCCAAGCAAGACUUCUUUACAUGCAACACUUUAUAUUUGUGGAUGAUGUCGAGAGCGGCGAAAUGGGCUACGCGUUGAGCACAUUUGAAGCCGUGCUAUCCUAUCUCGUGACGGAUUCUGCUCCGCUCCGCAGAGCCAGCAUGCGUAACAAACGCCUGUGGCAGGCAACGAAAGCAGGCAACGUCAGAGAAAUGAAGACCAUAAUGGAGCCCGAUGGAGAUGAUGAAUAUAGCAUCAAUGAGGCAACGUCCGCCAUUCAUCUCACAUCGGAAGUGGACAACAGCGACGCAGUUCAAUCCGAGCAACAAUCAAUUAGAUUUGCUUCUUUCAAUGAAAGUUCAAUGGAAUCGCCGAUAGCAUCACAGUUAGGCGAUGAAUCAUUAGACCCUCCUCCAUUGUCUCAUGUAUUUCCAUUCCAAACAUGGGCCGGUCUUCCAGCCUCUGAAACUAUGCCACGGACCCGCAAAAGGGUGUCAAUGGAUGUAAGCAGCUUAUCAGGCUCAUCAGCUGUCUCCUUACUAUCCAGAACAACUACUCUUACAUCAACCCUGAGCGGGCUUGAGGGCGAUACCUCAAUAGAGACAUUAAGCCGAACCCAAGAUCCUGCUGGAGACUCAGUACCAAUGAUGGCUGUGGAAAACCGCCAACCCAAAGCUUUGAAAUAUCUUCUCGACCUCCAAGACUACUACCCUUUGGAACUCAUUCUGGAAGACAUCAACCGUGACGGAACCACACUUCUGAGUGCAGCUGUUCAGCAUGCUCACAAGGAAGCCGUCGAAAUAAUCAUUAACUUUCUCUUCUCAGAGGCAGACCAGCCUACAAUCGUGGGAUAUCUAGAGAAAGCAGAUAUUCGAGGACGUACAGUUGCACACUAUUUGUUCAGUGCCCCUUAUUUAAUGGCAAGAUUGGGCAACCUUUUACCAUGGCAAAAGAAGGACAAACAUGGCCAGACUCCUCUUUUCGCGAUAUGCAGGUCAUAUGAUCACCCAAAUUAUCAAGCCAUGGUGAAUGAAGCCUUGACUGUUGCACAACAGGCACAGGGUGAUGGAAAACCUUUACGGCUAGAGGAUCACGUUGAUUUGAAGGGUAAUACGCUUCUGCAUAUCGUUAGCGAUCCCUUGAUUACAAUACGAAUUCUCUCGGAAACCGACUGUGACCCAAAUGCCACGAACGAGAAGAAAUUCACACCACUAAUGAUGGCUAGCAAAUAUGGCCGUGUAGAUCAGAUGCGCAAGCUGCUGGCAGACCCGAGAGUGGACAUACAUAUCAAGGAAAACCGCGGCCUGACAGCUAUUGAACUUGCCAAAGAUGACGAAGUCCGGAAUAAAAUCGAUGAUCUGAUCUUACUCCUGAACCCACCAUCUAGCCCGCACGAUGUUACUAGUCGAAUAACCACUGUCGUUCGCUCGUACUUUGUGGAAGAUGCGACGGUACGCUUCAUUUUGAAGUCAGGUGCUCCGGUUCUAAGUAGCGAUGCAACUAAUGGAACAUCUCGGCCUACUACAACUACUUACAGUAUAACCACAUGCCGCCGUUCAUUUGCUGAUUUUGAAAAUUUAGCUAAAUGUCUCGCGGUGGAGCAUCCAGCUUCAUAUAUCCCGCUUCUAUCUGAGGUUCGAAACCCGUUUCAAGUCCAUUCAAAACCAUCUCGAGCUGUUCUCCAUGAUACGCAAGAUCGACUUGACGAGUUCUUGAAAGUGCUGCUUGCGCAUCCAACCUUUUCGACGCAUGAGAUGCUUUGGGAAUUCUUCCUUGUACCUGAACUCCAGCCUGACAUGAUGGUCGAUCGAUCCCAACGUAAAGCGUCGGUAUUGUACGAGUCCAUAUAUGAUGACUAUGACCCAAUAAGCCCCGAGGGCAUACGGGACACGGAGCAAUUUGUAUCUCAAGCUCAGGAUAUUGUUCGAGCUGCUCAUGCCAACACUCGGAGCGUCAUCAGGCGAGGGCACUCGUUGCAACAUGCGGCAUUCGAUUUCGGUGACGCUGCUAUACUAUGUUCAUCUAGCCUUUCAACACUGAGAGCGCCAACUAAUGCCUUGCCCACCUCGCAUAUCGACGCUUUUGCUCGGUAUGCUGCAGCGGUAGCCACAUCAACCUCAGAUUCAUCUCCUCUUCUCCAAUUUCUCACAACUAUCACCUCAAUACAAAGUACGACCACGGCCAUUUCGAAUGCACUUUCUCGCCCCGGUAGACUCGUUGACAUUCUCGCAUCGACAAACCGUAAUCUCUCGCGAUCGAGAUCAUCACUCGUCUCAUCGUCCUUACCCCGGAAAUUCAAUCUCAAUCUUCCUGUGUUGGAAGAAUCUCGGCAGAAAAAUAUACGAGAUUUGGAACAGAAGAUUAGUGAGUCUGAAGCUCAGGCCUCACGAUUAGCCCGAGAAGUAUCCUGGAACAAAGACAUUGUGGUCGGUGAGCUUGCUGGAUGGACAUCUUGGCGUGAAAAGGUUGGACGAGAUGCAAUCCGUGCUUUCGUCAAGGCGACGGUGGUCCAAGAGAGGGAGCGCGGACGACGUCUAGAACGCUGCCUGCGAGCUAUCAAGGAAGCGAAUUCGUGA